CAAAUUUCGUCGAAUUCCCGUUUCGGCAUUUUCCAUUCUUCUCAACUUGGAAAAACCAGAAAAGAAAAGGAAAAUGGCAGCGAAACAAAUGGAGGAAAUUCAAAGGAAAUUAUCGAUCCUAAAUUACCCGAGAGCCAAUGCUCCAGCUCAGUCUCUUCUCUUCGCCGGCAUGGAACGUUACGCCCUUCUCGAAUGGCUCUUUUUCCGUCUAUUAGGGGAUAAGUCACCGUUUUCGCAACAAAAUUUACAAGGGGAUGCUAUGGAUCGUGAUGAAGAAACUUCUAGAAUCCAAUAUUUGGCUGAGAUUGCAAAGUUUUUGGGGAUUACUACUACAAUUGAUACAGAAGCUAUCCAAGGACGAGGAAGCUAUGAAGAUCGGACUGAAAUGCUGCACCUUAUAGUCGAUCUGGUGGAGGCAAGCAUCUGUGCAGAUAAUCCAGAAUGGAGUGUUGAUGAGCAGGUAGCAAAGGACAUACAACUAAUAGAUGCUAUCGCAGAGAAACAGGCUCUAAUUUUUUCUGAGGAAUGCAAGUUGUUCCCUGCAGAUGUGCAGAUUCAAUCCAUAUAUCCAUUACCUGAUGUUUCUGAGCUGGAGUCAAAGCUUUCAGAACAGUCCAAGAUACUCUCAAAUCUUCAGCAAAAAGUUGAUGACUUGGCAUCAAAGCAUGCUUACAAUCCUGAUGAGGAGUAUGCAGAAGUGGAAUCUAAACUGCGGGCAGAUUUGGAAUCUUUUCUGGAAACUGCAAGAUCAUUCAAUAUGAUUUACACCAAGGAAAUUCGUCCAUGGACACACAUGAUGGAGGUACCACAACUUCAUGGGUUCGGGCCUGCUGCCAAUCGCUUGUUGGAGGCUUACAAGAUGCUUUUAAAGUUCCUGGGGAACUUGAGGAAUCUGAGGGACUCACAUGCUGCUCUUUCUGUUGGAUCAUCUGAAACAAUUGCUGGUGAACCCUCUCCUGUGACAAGAAUUAUUUCUGAGUGCGAGUCUGCAUUGACAUUCUUAAAUCGUGAUCUUGGAAUUCUAUCAGCUUCUAUUGCUCGUGAGCAAGGUGAGCAGGUAAAUUCAUGAUGAUUGUAGCUAGACAAUAAGAAAGUAAUGAUAGAAUAUCUCUCCAUGUUGAAGAGUAUGUAUGUUCAUGCAAAAAAAAAAAAGGGCAAAGCAAUACUUGUCUUUAGUUAAAGAUAUGAGCUCGGAUUUGGGAUUUGGGUUAAGACCUGGGUGUUGGAGCAGGCCCCAUGUGACCCCAUGAUGCAAGUUCUUGUGAAUCUGAAACAUAACGGCAGUUCGAAGGAUGAAAUCUGACUUGAUUUCGAGUUGAUGUAGAUGUAGUAGCAACUGGUGAUCCAUAAGAGUUGUUUGCAAGUGUGAAGCUGCAUUGACAUUCUUAAAUUGUGAUAUUGGACUCUCUUGGCUCAAUCGUUUGUAAGCAAGGUGAUUCAUAUCAUCUACAAUUUGAUUUAACUGUACUGUUUACAGUUUGAUUGCUUGAAUCAAUGGACAGUAUGUUGGUUAAGAUGCAAA